AUGGGACUUGGUGGUGAUAGCUUGAAGGCGGAAUCUUGGGAUGUUGCGAAAUCAAAGGGGAGGAGGAAGAAGAAAAAUGGUGAUGCUGUGGGGAAGACAGGGUGUUGGAUUAAGUUGAGGUAUAUUGGAAGCUGUAUGUGUUCAAGAUCUAAAGUUGAUACCUCCAUUAGUGGCAUCAGCGCCCGCGAAAGUAAAUCAGCGAACGGCACUAGCAGAGAACAACCAGCUUCCAUGGUACUUCCAUCCACCACCACGAGCAAUGCUGAGAGCAAAUCUUCCAGCUUCAUACUUGAAGAGGAACUUAAAGUAUCUUCUCGGCUUCGAAAAUUCUCAUUUAAUGACCUGAAGUUGGCAACUAGAAAUUUUAGACCAGAAUCUCUUCUCGGUGAAGGGGGAUUUGGUUGUGUAUUCAAGGGGUGGAUUGAAGAGAAUGGGACGGCACCGGUGAAGCCUGGAACAGGACUUACUGUAGCUGUGAAGACCCUCAAUCACGAUGGACUUCAGGGUCAUAAAGAAUGGCUGGCUGAAGUAAAUUUUCUUGGUGACCUCGUUCAUCCUAAUUUGGUUAAAUUAAUUGGUUACUGUAUUGAAGAAGAUCAGAGGCUGUUAGCUUACGAGUUCAUGCCUCGGGGAAGCUUGGAGAACCACCUUUUCAGAAGAUCUUUGCCUCUUCCAUGGUCUAUCAGAAUGAAAAUUGCACUUGGUGCUGCUGAGGGUCUUGCUUUUCUUCAUGAGGAAGCAGAAAGACCUGUGAUAUAUCGUGAUUUUAAGACAUCUAACAUCCUGUUAAAUGCUGAAUAUGAUGCCAAGCUUUCUGAUUUUGGACUUGCUAAAGAUGCUCCAGAUGAAGGGAAAACUCAUGUUUCCACCCGUGUGAUGGGAACCUAUGGUUAUGCUGCCCCAGAAUAUGUCAUGACAGGGCAUCUUACAUCAAAGAGUGAUGUCUAUAGCUUUGGUGUUGUCUUGCUUGAGAUGCUCACAGGUAGAAGAUCAGUGGACAAGAAUCGGCCUAAUGGGGAGCAUAACCUUGUGCAAUGGGCUAGGCCUCAUCUGGGUGAGAGGAAACGCAUUUAUCGUCUAAUGGACCCUAGGCUUGAGGGGCACUUUUCUAUUAAAGGUGCCCAAAAAGCUGCACAGUUGGCAGCACGCUGCCUUAGCCGAGAUCCCAAAGCCCGGCCUCGGAUGAGUGAAGUUGUUGAAGCCUUAAAGCCUUUACCAAGUCUGAAGGACAUGGCGAGCUCAUCGUACUAUUUUCAGACUGUUCAAACUGAGCGUGUUGGGUCAAGUCCAAAUGGUAAAAAUGGCCUUAGAACACAAGGGUCAUUCUCAAGAAAUGGGCAGCAACACCCAAGAAGCCUCUCAAUACCAAAUGGUUCUCAGGCCUCGCCGUAUCAUUAUCAGUUUGCUCGGAAUUCACCAAAACCAAACGGUAAACCAUAG